AUGGUGCAAAAUGAAAGUGAUAGUGAACAUAGUAAACAUGAAGAAUUGUAUGAAGAAAGUACAACUACUAAUCAGUCUAAAGGUCAUCCUAAAAGCUUCAUCUGGUACUAUUUUGACAAGAAUAAAAAUGGAAUAACUGCAACCU